AUGAAGAAGAAAAGAAAGUUAAAGACGAGGACGACGAAUACUAAUAAAGGUGAUGGUGGUUACGGUCGCGGUGUUCUCGUCAUGGGACGUUUUUCGCUGCGCGACACGCGCGCGAGACGACAGGAAUCAUCAUCAUCAUCGAAGAGAAAAAUACAGUUGAAGAAGAUGCACACAAAAAAAGGAGGUUUCUCCCCGUCGUCGUCAUCGCGGGACCGUCGUCGAAAGGAGGAGGAGGAAGAGGAGGAGAAGGAGAAGGAGCGAGACGACAUUAACGUUCCUAUUUUUGGAGGGAAACCGAGAAUUUUUGAGCAGCGCGGCGGGUUUGAUGGCAUUCGUAAACUACUACUCAGUGAGGAGGAGAAGGACAAAAAGCAUCAGCGGGAGCAAAAGGUAACAACGAAGGAAGAAGAAGAAGACAAAGGCAAAGAGGCUGAAAAGAAGGACGACGAUUCAGACGUGAAUACUACUAACACGAACGAUGAUGAGAAUCACUCGGACGUGUUCAUCGCGUACGAAAAGCACCUCACGAAAUCUCAGCAACAUCAAGCUCGGUUACGAAGACAAUCCGAAGCGAGCGCGAACGCCUACCGACCGGGGUUGCGCAAUCGAGGCGAGGAUCUGUUGCCGAUCACCGCGCAGAAGGCGAAAGAGAUGGAGUUUCGCGAAGCCGAGUGGUUGAAAUUGUAUCCAGUACCGGUGACGAGGUUUACGGAGAAACGGUCGAACGAUGGUCACAGGAGACCGGCGGUGAUUUUGGAGUCCAUCAUUAGCAAAGAUUAUAAGCGAAUUAAAACGGAAUCGAGGUUUAAGCGGUUGACGAGGUUAGUCGAAGGGAUUAACGUCGCUCGAUGGGGAUUCGAAGGCAUCGAGGACGAGGAGGAAGUGAGGAUUACCAAAGAGUUUUACGAUUUGUCGCAGUAUUACGAAACGAAGAAAUCGAGGAAGGAGAAGAAGAGACGGCUGAAAGAGUUGGAGAGAAAGAAAAGGAAGGAGGAGAAGAGGCGUAACUUUGUGCCGAAAACGAUCGUCCCGAGACGGUUGGCCGCGGUGAUGGAUUUUCGAAAACCGAAAGCGAGAACGCAUCCCAUACGCUUUUUGAAGAAAGAUACAAACGAGGAAGAAGGAGAAGAAGAAGAAGAAGAAGAAGAAGAAGAAGGUGUUCAAAUGCAAGCGGAGGCCGUAUCGUCUCCUUCUUACUCGUUCACGGAUGUCCUCGACACCAUUCACGAUUGGGUAGGCUCGAAUUUGCUGAACCUUCGCGAGACGUGUCAAAAUAUAAACGCGAGGAAACAGGAACACAUUAUGGAUCACAUCGACGCGAUAAGUACCAUGCACAUGCCUAAAGCCAUCAGCGCACAAAAAGACAUUUACAGAGACUUUUUGAGAUCUCUGGAUGUGUCCGUCGUACCCGCGCACGGGACUAUAAAAAUGUAUCAGAACUUGUUCGCCGAUGCGAAACGUCGCGUACAAAAUCUCGUUUCGGACACGAAAGUACGAGACGAGUGGUUUCUUACGGGCGCCACAAAUUUGCGUCGUGGUCGAGUGCAACAACAAAAACAAGUAGAAGUUACUCUUCCAUGCGAAGAUGAAGAUGACGACGACGAUCACGAAAGGUGCAUCGUUCGUACGCUCGUUAAAGAAGCCAUCGAACGCGUCGUCGAGUCGAGCGAAGCUCUCGUCCAUCGCAUCACACCGUUUCCAAGAACAGAACUCGCCACGAAUGCCUCAGAUUUAAUUUGGGAUGCGAGCACGUUUGAAAGCUACGCUAAGAGAACGUCGCUUUCGCCAUCUUUCCCUACUGCUGCGGUUGCCGUCGUCGUGAAACCAAAAGUCACGUGGUUGGCGAAAUCCAAGCGAAGCGGUCCGCGAACGCCGGGCGAACGCGGCUGGUUCCGAUCCGGAAACGCCUUCGAAAACGGUUCUCAAGAUGCUCAGCAAAGAUGGCGACAUCCGAAUCCAGAGAUAGAAUCACGACCGCGCGAAUCGUACGACGAUUAUUUCUCCUCCGAUAGUAGCACUAGUAGCAGCGAAUCGGACUCGGAAGAUAUCUUCUUUCGCGACGUGCAGCGAAAGCGAGCUCCGCCGCCUCCUCUUGCGCAGCAGCAAUCGAAGAAGAAAAACGUCAUCCCGAAAAUCUGGAAAGGGCGACAACUCGCCAUUCAAAAGUUUGGUCACGAUGAGAAACGGAUGUGGCGCGAUAAAAUCGGCGAGUUUCUUCGUAAAUCGCGUAAAACUCUCGGUCAUAGACCUUUGGACGUCUCCUGGGGCGGUUCAGUCCUCGAUUCGGUCAUCGGCGCGAAUUUAACGCAAAACGUGACGGACGUUUUAUCAUCAACAGCGAUGUUAAAUUUGAUGGCCAAGUUUCCAGUGACGGAGGAAACGCAAAGCAAGCAUUUAGAACGCGUCGAGAGAGCGGUAAGAGUGAAGGAUUUGGUGAAAAAUGUCAUCAAUUCGGUAGUUGAAAAAGACAGGGAGAGGUACGAGAAGGAAUGCGCGCAAGCGGCGAGCGAGGUUGUACGAAAUGCAAUUGAUCGCAUUGUUUCGAGAGAAACCGGGAGAGAUAAUAUUGCUCAGGAGGAGGAUGUAGAAAUGCGAGAUGCUUUAGAUAUAGAAACUGAAAUGGGAGCAGCAGCCGUGGCGGAAGUGAUUGAGCGCAUACAGAUUGACGAUAAAGAUGACAUCGAGCAACCUUCCUUCUUCCUUUGUCGCGGUGUUCCGAAGAUCGACUCGUCCUCGUUUGAGCUCGAUAGGACAUCACUUGAUGAAAAUACAGACCUUCACGAGUCUUCAGUUAUUGUCGAGUUACCUGUCAUGUCUCCGUUAGAGCAACUGUAUUACAGCGAGCGACAAAUGUGGAACGAUUUUUCGAAAACGCCGUUGACGAAGCGCAGAUUUAGCGAGAAAGAGGCGUGGAUCGAAUGUUCGAACGAGGAUUGCGGUAAGUGGCGACGGAUACCAAAAGCGUUAGCAGAUUCAUUACUUACUCACAACACGACGUCGGAGAACGUAGAAGCAGCGGAUUACUUGAACUGGACCUGCUCUCGAAGUUUCGAUAAAAGACACAACGGGUGCGAUAAGCCGCAGGAGAUGUUGAACGACGAUAUCGACGAAAUCGUCCGGGAAGCGGAAAUUUUGCGCAAAGAAGACGAAGAGCAGAAAGCAAAAGAAAAGAAAAUGCGCGAAAACAAAGCAAAACUGAGAGAAGAGAGAGAAGCGUCGAAGCAACAAGCAGCCUCGAGGGCAGAAUUGAACCGACGCGAGCGACGAGCAAAGACAGAUAAAUUGAAAGCGCUCGCGCAAGCUGCUCGAGAUCGUCAAGACUUCAUUUGCGACAACGAUCCUACCGAGAAUGAAAUUAUAGUGCGCGACUGCGUAGAUUGGCACCGCGUUUUGCACGAAGCCUCAAUCGACGAUAUCAUCGAGUGCAUUCGAUGUCGCGGCAUGCACUCCAUGCUCGCGCAUAGAAUCAAGAAAAUUCUUCGGCGUGUGCUCGACGAACGCGGCGUUUUGUCGCUCGAAUUCCUUCGUGAAGCCUCCACAGAAGAAGCAAACGCGUAUCUCAACGAGAUAGAAGGCAUGGGCGCAAAGACUUCGGCGUGCGUAAACUUACUCUCGUUGGAAAAUAGAGACUUCCCUGUAGACGUCAACGUCGGACGAAUCAUGGCGCGCCUAGGAUGGGUUCCGCUCGAAGACGAUUUCAAGCUCGAACUUCUCGAGCAAUACGCCCCAGAAGAAUCAGUGUACGAAUUUUUGAGCGAAAGAUUGAACACGUUCGACGUGACGAUGUUGUACGAGCUGCAUUAUCACAUGAUUACGCUUGGGAAGGUGUUUUGCGCGAAGCGCGAUCCGAAUUGCGCGAGUUGUCCAAUGAACUCCGACUGCGAAUACGCCAAGUGUGGUGGUAAACGAAGGAAUAAUAACAUGAACAACGUCGGAGUAUACACGCCUGCACCGAACGUCAACAACGCAGAACCUCCAACGCCGCCGAAAGAAGUAGUAACGAUUGAUCUUACGAAGGAACAAACGAGAACGCAACCGAUCGAAGAUAUCGAAGAUAUCGGCUUGGCGUCGCCGUCGGAGGGUUCGUCGCCGAAGAUGCCGUUGACGCCAACGGCGACGAAUAAUAACGUCAUUGGAAAACGGUUUCCAUCGAAUUCGAGCAUAGAAUCACCGUCUAGUCUAGAUGGAUUCAACAGCCCUACGGAAUCGUCUGAUAAUCUUGCGGCGGAUGUUCUCACAGUUGAAGAAUUCGUUGAGCGUGCAAAAGCGCAGAAGCACCAGCAGCAAAAUGAGAAGGAUUUUUCCGAAGCAACAGCAGCAUCGGUAGAAGAUGCGUCUCCUAUGCAUGUAGAACCAUCACAUACUGCGCCCCUUGCUCCUUUCUCUCUACAAAACGACGCGUUCGCAAACACCGUCGCGGAAACGAUGGAUUCAAUCGUCGCCGCCGGGAAGAUCUGGACAGAUUUAGGUAAACCCGCCGGCAAGAAGGCCAUGCGCGUUCUUUUACUCCUUUCCUCGGAGGAUGAUUCCGACGACGACAAUGUCGAAGAAAACAAAAGCGCCGUGGCAGCGAUGAUCAUGCGGCGAUUUAAAUCGUUGUCAAAAAUCUGCCACCCGGACAAAAAUCGAAACGAUCUCGAGAGAGCGUCCGCCGCGUUUGGCAUUUUAGCCGAGGCGAAAACAAAGGCGAUGGAAGCGGUUGCUGAAGUCGACGAGAGAGCGCUGAAAGAUGAUGCGGCGUUUGAAAGCGAAGCCGAAGACGAAGUUUUGAGGGAAGUCGAGGAUCCUCGGUUCGCAAAGUUCAAUGCAGCAACUGCCGCCAAGACGACAACCGCCGAGGAGGAGGAGGAGGCGUUUUUAACCCCUAAUCGACACAAUCAACUCGCGGAUUUAUCCUCGUUCACAAAAGCGCAGUUUCGUUCAGAGGCACAAGGGUGGCGAGUGCCAGAUGAAUGCGUUCCGGCGGAACUUUUGCAUUCGCUCUCGCCACAUCCAACGUCUAUAAUCGGCGAAUGCGACGCAACGCGGCGGUAUUGCGUCAUCGCAGCUCCGAGAGAGGCGAGCGAUUUUGAACGCGUCUAUAAAAUAUCAACGUCGUCCGAAGAGGAGCACGAACAAAAUAACCACGAUAACGACGACAACGACGACGAUAUCGUCAUGGAAGAUGCAAAGACGAACAUCAGCAAAGAGAAUGAUGAAGAGGAUAUCAUCAUUACCACUCCUCCUCCUCCUCCUUCUCAUCUUUCUCCUCCCUCUGAGCCUUCUUCAAUAAAAUGCGUCUUCUUCGUCACCGCCUUGUGCGCCUGUAAACGCAGCUUCCCGCUGCACGGCACGUACUUUCAAGUGAAUGAAGUCUUUCUCGACCUUCGCUCGGCGGCAAAACCUGUGAGUGUCGACAUUGAAACUCUCAAAACGUCGCCGAAAAUAGUCACUCUACUCGGCGCGUCCAUCGGUUCGGUCACGCGAGGGAUGACGAGGACGGAAGUCACGCGUUUGUUUAAUCACCAAGUCUUGUGCGUUCGGGCAUGGGAGCGCCGUACCGGAUAUCCGCGCGAGUUGCCAAAAUGGAUAUGUCCUGUCGUUCCAGUCGCUUCGACCGGGCAAGAGUUCACUGAAUUUGACUUUCCGAGUCCUUUGCUGCACCCAGAAAAAAGUGCAGCCGCGAUGGCGAGUAAAGCGCCAAAACUCGGCAGACCAAAGAAAAAACGUCCGGCGGAGACGAUAUCAAUCGCCAUCAAUCGAGAACCGACGCCGCCGGAAACGCCUUUCAAUAACGAUAUCUUUCGUUCGUACUUGAAACGUAAAUCUGUCGAGAAAGAACAACAGAAGAACAAUAACCGGGCGAGCGCAAAGAAAACGAAGAAGAGCGAGAAGGACGGCGAUGGAAACAACAGCGAGCAAAAAAGAGCAAAGAAGAAAUUCACCUUCCCAAUCAUACGUUCGAGUCAAAAAUGCGGCAAAUGCAAGACGUGCUUGAACCCGCAAAUGCGCAAAGCGUGCUUGACGAGGCGAGCAGAAAUGACGACAACGGGAGGAAUGAAAAGACACGAGUUGUCGUCGCCGUUGUCGUCGCCGCUGGCAGCACCGCCAUCAACGCCGGUAACAGCGAUGAUAGGCACAACGAUCGACGCCUUCGUCAUUCGUUCGAAAGAUUACGAAAUCGUAGAUUGA